AGUCACUCAAACCCCAACGACGAUCGAAUAUGCGUGUGGUGCAAGUCCUUCAGCGCACGGUGGCGCGCCAACUCCUUGUCCGUCCCGCAAGUGUUGCGCGAGCGUUCUCGACCCUUCCGGACCAUGAAGUUGUUGGUUUGCCGGCUCUGUCGCCGACGAUGGAAACGGGAACCAUCUCGACGUGGCUCAAGAAGGAAGGCGACAAAAUCACUGCAGGUGACAUUGUGUGUCAAAUUGAAACAGACAAGGCCGUUGUGGACUUUGAAGCGCAAGAUGACUCGUACCUGGCCAAGAUUCUCAAGCCUGAAGGCACGGCUGAUGUCAAGGUUGGUGAGCCCAUCUUUGUCACUGUGGAAGAUCCCAGCGAAAUCGCUGCGUUUGGCACUUUUUCUCUCAGUGGUCCGGCUCCCGCCGCUGUUGCUCCUGCACCUGAAGCCCCGAAGGCUGCCACUUCUACCCCUGCUCCAGUUGCCGCCGCGCCGACGCCUGUGCUCACUGCAACCAGCACGUCUUCUUCAGGUCGCGUGUUCGCCAGUCCAUUGGCCAAGAAAGUGGCUCGCGAUGCCGGUUUGGCCUUGGGUAGUGUGACCGGCACGGGACCAUUGGGUCGCAUCCUUCGCGCCGACGUCGACGCAGUGUUGGCCGCAGGACCUGUAGCCCCUGCCGUCGUUUCUGUUGGCGCCACCACAGCCCCUGCUGCUUCCCCCGUGGCUGCAUCGACUUCUCCUGUGUCGUUUGGCGACUACACCGAUUUCCCCUUGACUGCCAAGGCCCAACAACUGGCGGCCCAGCUGACCCAGCAAAAGCUGGAUGUCCCGCAUUACCAUUUGACCGUGGACGUUGCGUUGGACAAAUUGCUCGUGGCUCGCGACUUGCUCAACAAGACCCGCAAGCCCGAAGAGCAUUUGUCCGUGAACGACUUCUUCCUUCGUGCGGCGGCAUUGACCAUGAAGAAGGUGCCUGCGGCAAAUGCCGCGUGGCUUGGAAACGUCAUUCGUCAAUUCCACAAUGUUCACAUCAACUUGUUGGUGGCUGCUGAAGGCGGCGUUGUGGCCCCCGUGGUUCGCCAAGUCAACUCGAAGGGUCUGGACCAAGUAAACGCUGACGUGCGUUCGAUUCUCGCCAAGGGCUCGAGCGACGACGUCGCGUGGGCCGAAUCGGACUUGGAAACCGGCACGUUCACAAUCUCGAACGUCGGUAUGUUUGAUGUCAAGUCGUUUGCGGCGAUCGUCAGCCCGAACCAGUCGUGCUCGCUCGGCCUCGGCACGAUUACGAAGCGUGUUGUCCCCAAUGACGACCCGGACGCUGAGCAAAUCUACAAAUACUCGACCCAACUCACGGCGACUCUGGCGUGUGACCAUCGUGUGAUUGAUGGCGCCACCGGGGCUCAAUGGCUGGCGUCGUUCAAGGAAUUAGUCGAAGAUCCGUUGCGCAUGAUCCUAUAAGUCGAUAGACGAUAUACACGACGAUGGGACCACUCAAUAUGACGUUGUAUGCUGCGUUGACCUCGUCGAGCGUCUGUGUGUUCACAACUUUCGACACGACAGGACGAGUUGGCCC